GGCGACUCCCCUGGAGCUGUUUUACCUUUCCCCCCCUUUAAAACUAUUCAGACUAAGAUUCGAAAAUGCCAAGUAGAAAAUUUGCCGACGGAGAGGUGGUCCGAGGUCGCUGGCCUGGGAGUUCACUUUAUUACGAAGUAGAAAUUUUAAGCCACAACAGCGGCUCUCAGCUCUACACUGUAAAAUACAAAGAUGGAACCGAACUGGAACUGAAGGAGAGUGAUAUCAAGCCUUUGACUUUCUUUAAAGAAAGGAAAAGUGGUCCCACUUCGAGUUCUCCUUCCAGACGCCGUGGGAGUCGGUCAAGGUCUCGGUCCCGCUCCCGGUCCCCUGGCCGGUCGCCUGGCCGGUCCCCUGGCCGAUCCCCGGGCCGGCCACCCAAAAAUUCCCGCCGAUCAGCAUCAGCUUCACACAAGGCUGUUAUUCCCGAUAUUAAGGAAAUGAGGAAGGAAGUCUUGGAAGUUAAAUUGACUCCACUGGUAUUGAAGCCAUUUGGAAAUAGCAUCCACAGAUACAAUGGGGAGUCAGAGCAUGUGGAGAAGAAUGACAUUCCUCGUAAAAACAUACAGGAAUCACUCCCGGUGGUGCUCAAGGAAUCACAUGGGACGCCAACGAUUGAACCCAGGCCACCUAUAUGCAAGGAUAAAUUAUCACAAGACAGUAGUAGCUACAUGGCUACACAGUACAGCCUCCGCCCAAGAAGAGAAGAGGUCAAAGUAAGAGACAUUGAUUUUAAGGAAGAGAAAAUGGUCAUGAAAGGACCUCCAUCAUCGAGAAUCUUGGAAGCAACGACAACGGCACAGAAUAAAGAGUUUGGAGGAGUCCUUGGUGUGCUUCUCCUCAUGUUUGGCCUGCCUGUCUUCCUUUUCCUGUUGUUGUUGAUGUGUGAAAAGCCGGACCCCAGCCUUCUGAAUUUCCCUCCUCCUCUGCCAGCUCUGACUGAUUUAUGGCAGGCCAGAGUGUUUGGGAUCUACCUUCUCUGGUUUUUUUUUCAGGCUCUGCUCCAUGUACUGCCAAUAGGGAAGGUUGUAGAAGGAACUCCUCUUUCUGAUGGAAGAAGACUCAAGUAUAGAUUAAAUGGAUUCUACGCUUUUCUCCUGACAGCUUCAGUGGUGGGUGUGUCUCUCUUCAUGGGCCUUGACUUGGACUACGUGUACAGACAUUUUAAGCAGUUUGCCCUGGCCACCACUGUGUUUUCUGUGGUCUUGAGUUUUUAUCUCUAUAUUCGAGCUUUGAAAGCACCGCAGGACAAACUAUCUCCUGCCAGCUCUGGAAAUGCCAUCUAUGAUUUCUUCAUCGGCCGGGAAUUAAAUCCUCGGAUUGGCUCCUUUGAUCUCAAAUACUUUUGCGAAUUGCGCCCUGGAUUGAUUGGAUGGGUGAUAAUUAACUUAGUGAUGCUAAUGGCUGAGAUGAAGAUCCAAAAUCGAGAGGCUCCAUCAUUAGCGAUGAUUCUGGUGAAUAGUUUCCAGCUCUUAUAUGUGGUGGAUUCUCUCUGGAAUGAGGAGGCUAUAUUGACAACCAUGGACAUUGUACACGAUGGAUUUGGAUUUAUGCUGGCUUUUGGAGAUUUGGUGUGGGUUCCUUUCAUCUAUAGCUUCCAAGCCUUUUAUUUAGUCAAUCAUCCACAUGAAAUAUCCUGGCCUCUAGCCUCACUCAUUAUCGCUCUGAAACUUUUUGGAUAUGUGAUCUUCAGAUGUGCAAAUAAUCAGAAAAAUGCAUUCCGGAAGAAUCCUGCUGAUCCAAAGCUUGCACAUUUAAAAACCAUUCAUACAUCAACGGGAAAAAAUCUCCUAGUUUCUGGAUGGUGGGGCUUUGUUCGUCACCCCAAUUACUUGGGUGAUCUCAUCAUGGCCCUAGCGUGGUCCCUGCCAUGUGGAUUUAACCACAUUUUGCCUUAUUUCUACGUGAUUUAUUUCACCCUGUUGCUGAUCCAUCGAGAAGCUCGUGAUGAGCACCAAUGUAAGAAGAAGUAUGGCGUGGCUUGGGAAAAGUAUUGCCAGCGUGUGCCCUACCGUAUAUUCCCAUACAUUUACUAGUCUUACGUCUUAAAAUGCUCCUGCAGUUCUGGCUUCCAGCUGUGAAAACAAGAAGAAAAUCCAAAGUGAACCUUUUUUUGUUGCACUGACAGGAUCGUUGCAUUUUCUUUUCUUUUUUUGAGUCAGGACUAUAGAGUCAAGUUAUUUUACUCCAGCUUUUAUUUUUAUUAAAUCCUAACAACAUAAGGGAAAGCAGCUAAAGAUGUUCAAAGUUUUUAUUCUAGUUGGUAGGAAAAUUUUAACUCAUAGAAAUCUGAAAGCAGUCAUACAAAUGCACUU